UUUCAUACAAGAACCACAACACAACACAAAGAACACUUCCAAACUCCCUCAAGAACACAUUAAUUCCCAAAUGGGGUUUUUUUCAAUCUCUUCCUCCAAGACAACCACCAAAAACAAAACUGUCAAAGACAAAACAUUAACAGGAGCAGGCAAUCUUAUCAAGCUCCUCCCCACGGGCACCGUUUUCUUGUUCCAAUUCCUCAAUCCUGUCUUCACCAACAAUGGCCACUGCUCCACCGUCAACAAAUACUUAAGCGCCAUUCUCAUUGGCAUUUCUGGUUUCUCUUGCUGUUUUGCUUCCUUCACUGAUAGUUACACCGGCAGUGAUGGACAAACCCACUAUGCGCUUGUAACAGCUAAGGGUCUUUGGCCCUCAUCAAAUUGCAACUCUGUGGACUUGUCUGCUUAUAAACUUAGGCUUGGGGACUUUGUGCAUGCCUUCUUUUCCUUGAUUGUGUUUGCAGUUGUAUCACUUUUGGACACCAACAGUGUCCGGUGCUUCUAUCCAGGGUUUGAGUCCACUGAGAAGGUUUUGCUGCAGGUGUUGCCUACUCUCAUCGGUGCAAUUGCCAGUACUGUUUUCGUUGUGUUCCCUAAUAAUCGCCAUGGAAUUGGAUACCCCUCCUCAAGUUCUGAUUCUUCACAAGACUCAGAGAAAUCCUGAAGGAAUUGAAGUAUCUAUGCUUCUUGUUUAACAAGUCCUAAACAAGUACUAGUGUUUGCUCACGCAAGUUUAUGCUUUUCAUUGUUUGUAUAGUAGUUUGCCUAAGUUUGAUUAAUUACGUUGGAAUGUAUGUAACAAGUUUCUAUUGUUUGCUAAAAUUUCCAUUUAUGAAUUAUAACUUGAUCUCAA